GAGAAACAGAGGGGGUGUUAAAAAGGAGGAGGAGGAGGAGGAGAGUCUGAGAAAGAGCUUAAAAACUGUGAGAACUGCAGACGCUUCAGAGCGCAUGGAAAGAGCAGCCAGACUGGGAACAAAGAAGAUCAAGACAAGAGUUUAUUCAGCAUCAGAAAGAGAUGGCAUCCCCUAGCAGGAACCUGGCUUUUCUUCUUCUUUUCAUCUUACAUCUAAUUGACUCCCAAAUCUUUGCUCACAGUUCUACAUCCUCCCCACCCAUUACCCGUAAAAGGAUCAUAAUACUAACUGACCCUGGCUUAGAAAUUGAUGAAGGUGAUUAUGAUGAUGGCUUUCCUCCUGAAGUGGUGACCUCUCAAAGAAGUCCCCGUUUGUCCAGUGUGAACCACUGUCAGUAUGACCCCUGCUUGGAGAAUCAGGAGCCCUGCGAGAGUCUGAAGGCUAAAACUGGGUGCAUGUGCCCUGGGAAGAGUGGUGAGGACAUGGUUCCUCAUGCUCCACGCAUCCAAGCACUGCAGCCGAUCACUGAAGGAGAAAACAGAGGACAGAUAGUAGUGCAAUGGUGUGCUCCCAACUCAGCUGUUUCCACCUAUAAAGUGACUAUAGAAGGAAGUGAGGUUACAAUUUUUAAGGAAAAUCAUCGACGAGCUUUGGUGAGAUCUUUGGAGGUGGGGACGAAGGUUUGUGUGGAAGCAGUGAACAGCGCCGGGACCAGCAGUCCUACAGACUUCUCCUGUAAGAGAUACGAACGACCCGAAUCUUCCGACCACAAACUGCUGGCUGGGGUCAUAGGAGGAGGAGUCGCCUUCAUUCUUAUUCUCCUUAUAGUAGCUAUAGUGCUCUGUAGAAGACAAAUGUGUCGAAAAGCAAAACGGGAAUCUGUCGUUGGAUCAUGAAACCCCUCCUAGAAAUCAGAAAGAGCAUCAUGAUCCAGACAAGAGGAAUGUGGAGAGUUCAGCCAAACUCAUUAAAAAGAAAAGAUCAAUAGUUUUUUUUGUGUGUGUCUUAUACUAAAUACAUUCGUUAAACUUCUGUCUCGAGGAGUCUACAGAAAAUAAUGCAAAAAAUUAGCGGUAUCUGUUGUUUUGGUGUUAGUGUUACAGGUUUGUUUGCAGGCAAAUUAACCUUUGUAGAUUAAAUUUAAAGCAUGUUGUUGUUUUACAGCUUAACUUACAUAAUAACUGUGUUGUUGUGGAAUUCUGUCAUAAAUAGUUUUAAUAAAACAUAUUUUUUUAUGAAAAAC